AUGCCGUCCGUGUGUUGUGCAGUUGGGUGUGAUAAUAAGAAAGGUGACCCAAAUAUUUCUUUUUAUCGCUUACCGAAAGAGGAAGAACGUCGUCAGAGAUGGCUGUCAGCGAUCAGGAGGGCUAACUGGACGCCGACUGCAAGUAGCCGUCUGUGCAGUGCACAUUUUGUAUCAUGUGCAAAAAGCCAAAACCCACUAAGCCCAGACUACGUGCCAACAAUAUUUCGUCAUCUAAGUUCUCCAAACAAGCGAAAGAGGAUUUAUCAAAUGGCCAGGUUUGAACACACUCAAGCUCUAAAAAGAAAAAGAGCAGUGAUUGAUGCUGACAGAGGAGAGACGGGAAAAGCAGAGGACAGACAGGAGGUGGAUGAUGAUGACCAGCAGGAUGGAGGAGAAGACAGACAGGAGGUUGGAUUGGCGAUGGAUGGUACCUGUACCAAUGCUUCUUGCCAAGUCACAAUUAAAAGACUCAAUGAAGAAUGUAUGAGAUUAAGGACUGAAAUCUGUAAACUCAAGGAUCAAGUAGAUUCAUUAACAUUCAGUAAAGAAAGUUUCCAAGGCAAAGAUGAAAAAGUCAAUAAGUUAACUGGCCUGCCUUCUUACUGUAAAUUGAUUGUUGUAUUCUCUUUUAUAUCACCAUUACUGAAUGUUAAGUCAUGUUUGUCACCUUUUCAGCAGUUUUUACUAACAUUAAUGCGCUUGAGAAUUAAUUUACCACUUUUUUUUCUAGGUCAUUGUUUUUAUACAUCAACAUCAACUGCUAGUAGGGUUUUCAACAACACACUGAAUGUUAUGUAUUUCCGGCUGUGUAAUAUUAUAAGGUGGCCAAGCAGAGAUCAGAUUUUAAUUAGUCUUCCCAUGUGUUACAGAAAAAACUUCAAAAAUUGCACUAGUAUUAUUGACUGCUUUGAGAUAUUCAUUGAAAGACCUAAAGAGAUGAGAGCACGUGCACAAACCUAUUCACAACAUAAACAUCAUAAUACAGUUAAGUAUCUCAUUUCCAUAACACCACAAGGGGUCAUUAGCUGUGUUUCAAAAGGUUGGGGUGGUAGGACAAGUGAUAAGUAUGUGACGGAGCAUAGUGGAUAUCUUGACCUGUUGUCCCCUGGGGAUGUGGUUCUUGCUGACAGAGGGUUUAAUGUAGCAGAUUCUGUAGGACUUGUCAAUGCACAACUCAAGAUACCUGCCUUUACCAAAGGAAAAGCACAGCUUCACCCAGAAGAAAUCGAGUCGUUGAGAGGACUGGCAGCUCCCGCACUAAAAACAUUGUAGAACUGAAUUUGUGUCACAGAAAGUGUAAUUUUCCACAAUUUACUCACAGCUUUUGUUGCUAUGGUCCGCCAUGGCUUCCCCUGCUUGACCAAUCCGCUU